GCCUCUGCGCGACCCACCUGCCCGGCCUCGCUGCCCUGGACGGAGCAGGUUUAAAUCUGAGGGGGUUCCCUUUGGAGCACCGACUUGCUUGCAUCCUGCAAGAGGGGAGCGCCGGAGCCCUGCCCCCUGGGCGCAGGAAGCUCUGCCUCCCCGUUGCAUAAGCGCGCCCAAGGCUUCCCUUCCUUCCGUAGACUCGCUUCCCCUCCCCCGGGGCAUCAACGGUGCCAACAGCGCUGCCAUCUAGGGAGGGUGCUUGGCAAGGCGGCCGGCUUUUCAUCUGCAAAGUUUGCAACUGGCCCGGCCAGAAGUCCAAAGUCCAAAGUAUAAAAUAAAUAAAUAAAUCCGAAAGGGCUCUCGCGAAAACGCGCACUUGGCUGCUCCCCAAAAGGCGCUGGUCGGCCGGGAAAUGGCCACGCGGUUGUUCGAGGGGAAGGAGCAUGCCUCCGGCUAUUUGAAGUACAGGUUCUCGCCUCCUGAGAAACUCCAAGAGGUGAUCUUCGCCUACCUGGACAACAAGAAAGUGAGCUCCUUUCAAUUGGCGGUGGAUGUAGGCUGUGGUUCCGGCCAAAGUACAUUGUGGAUGGCAAAGCGGUUUGGGAAGGUGGUCGGAACGGACAUAAGCGAGGCUCAGAUUGAGGAGGCGAAGCAAGCUGGCCAUCCUGCAAAUGUCUCUUACCUAGUGAGCCCAGCAGAAAACCUCCCGUUCGAGGAUAACUCUGUGGACUUCAUCAUGGCCUUUGCUGCGGUCCACUGGUUCGACAUUCCCCGCUUUAUGAAAGAAGUGGAAAGAGUCCUGAAGCCCUCUGGCUGUGUGGCGUUGUCCACCAACUGCUUAGACAUGCAAGUGCAAUACAAAGAUUGUACAAAGAAGCUGACCGAGAUCUUUAAUGAGGUAAGGAAGCAGGUUUUUCUGUAUGCAAAAGAAAAGUGCAGGCCUAAAUCAACAUUCCCAUCCGUCUUUAUGGCAGAAGGCUAUUGAAUUCUUAUGGCUCUUCCUUUGGAUAAACUGUUCCUAUUUCUUUCCAGGAUCACAGAUAUUUUUGGCACAGUGCCCUUUACUGUGGCUGGAUUCCUGGGAUAUAUCCAGACCUUUUCCAUGUACCAAACCUUUCUAAAGGCUGAGCCUGAAGCGGCCAAGUCUCUCAUUCAAGACACUGAAAAAAGGAUCCUGGAGGUGAUAGGCGAUGGCUCUCUCCAGACUCCAGUGGAGAUCAAGAUGCGGCAUGUUGCUGUUCUAGGGUGCAAAAACUCCUGAAAGGGGCGUGGAUUGAGGCAGGAAUCCGCAGAUUGGGGAAAUCUGUGCAAAAUGUCACCAAAGGAAAGGAAAAUAAUCGGGUUAUUCCAAGGGGAGCACAAAAUGGGAGUCAAAGCCAGAGGACCAAGAGUCACAAGAUGACUCGCGUAUCUCCCAAAAUAAUAAUGUUCUCCAUUUACAAAGUUAGACAUGCCAAUGAGGUUGGGACGGGUUCUAAACUUCCGCUCACCUCUAUAGCACACACUCAGACCGGUUGUGUGCACUUUGACCUAACCAACCUUUCCCCGUGGUUGUAAGGAUAAAACCAGACAUCUCCCCCUCCAAUAUGUCACCCUGAGCUCCUUGCAAGGUAAAAAUGUGAUGAUUAGUUUAUACAAAGUAGGGUUACAGUGCUGCCCUCCCCACUAGUGGGGAACCCGCCUCAUUUCACCUGUCAUUUUGGCCUUAAUCGUUGCUUUGACUUCUACUGUCUCCCCUAUCUCGACCUUAAAUCCUCGCACUUUCUUAUUUUUGAUUCAUAGUGAAUGCUUUUGUCUGUAAAGGAAAAAAACCCAAUAAAAUUGCUAAAAAUCUC